AUGCGCGCGCUGCUGGCGCUGCUGCGCACGGGCCGGGGGUGGCGCGCGGGCGCCCCCGUCGCCGCCCACCCGCCGGCGGGAGCGAGGGCAAAGAGCGGGCCGCUGCGCGCCAUGGCCCUGUACCGCACGGAGGAGCGCGGCCGGCCCCACUCGGAGGACUACCGCCUCUUCUUCAAGGAUGUAGCUGGCCACUACAUUUCCCCCUUUCAUGAUAUUCCUCUGAAAGUGGAGUCUAAAGAGGAAAAUGGCAUUCCUACAAAGAAAGCACGAAAUGAUGAAUAUGAGAAUUUGUUUAACAUGGUUGUAGAAGUACCUCGGUGGACAAAUGCUAAAAUGGAGAUUGCCACCAAGGAGCCAUUGAAUCCCAUUAAACAAGAUGUAAAGCAUGGCAAGCUGCGCUAUGUGGCAAAUAUCUUCCCUCACAAGGGUUAUAUAUGGAAUUAUGGUGCUCUCCCUCAGACUUGGGAAGAUCCCCAUCAAACAGAUGAGAGCACGAACUGCUGUGGAGAUAAUGAUCCUAUUGAUGUUUGUGAAAUAGGCUCAAAGGUUCUUACUCGUGGAGAGGUUGUUCAUGUGAAGAUUCUUGGAAUUUUGGCUCUGAUUGAUGAGGGUGAAACGGAUUGGAAAUUAAUUGCUAUCAAUGCUAAUGAUCCUGAAGCCUCAAAGUUUGAUGAUAUUGAUGAUGUUAAGAAGUUCAAACCUGGCUACCUGGAAGCUACUCUUAACUGGUUUAAGUUUUAUAAAGUACCAGAUGGAAAACCAGAAAACCAGUUUGCUUUUAAUGGAGAAUUCAGAAACAAGGCUUUUGCUCUUGAAGUUAUUAAAUCUACCCAUGAUCACUGGAAAGCAUUGCUCAUGAAGAAAUGCGAUGGAGGGGCAAUAAAUUGCACAAACGUGCAGGUGUGUGAUAGCCCUUUCGUUUGCACUCAAGAGGAAGCAAGAUCAUUCGUUGAAUCGUUUCUCUGUUUUUUGCAGAAAUUUUCAUCUUCACAGAACAAUGAAAAUAAUGAAGAAGAGCAAAUAUGGCACUUCCUUGGCAAGUGAUUGAUUCCUUUGAAUUUCUGCCAUCAAGAUUUCCAUCUCUGGGGACUCCAAGACUCCUUUUCCCUAAGUGCUAUAAGUAUUUGCUGACUUCCUGUUGAAUCUUUUUUUUCCCCAAACUUUUUAAGAUAUGCAAUAUGUAAAUAAACAUUGAAAUUUUUGAA